CAAGUGUUGGACCGGAUGUCCAUGGCAUGUAGGCUGUUGUUCACAACUUCCUUGUUUCUCAUAAUGAGAUGCUGUCUGAACGUCUUUCCUGAAAUAAAAUAUGCAUCCCAUCAAUUUUAUUUUUAAAUAAAUCUAAGUUGUGCUGCAUUAAGAAGGUGUUUUCUGCAGCUUACACCUGCUGCCUUGUGAUCAAACUGAUUGAUGGAACACGCCCCCACAUCGGUUCCGGGUCUGACAGGCCCACUGGUGCUGCCGGGUCACCCCAUGUUCGCUAAUUUAAAGUUGUCCCCGUGUCACUGGCUGGUGGAUGGACUGCUCUGCUGCGUGACAGACGUCAAACCUGCGCGGGUUUUCCUCCAUCAGGAUGAGGGGCUUCAGAGUGUGGGAGGGAAGGGAGGAGGGGUGAUGCGUGCUGUAAGUCUGGGAUCAGAGAGACUGACGUCCUUGACUCAUCAUCAUCCGUUCAACCUCACAAGCAUCAUAUAAAAGCUGGGGGGCACACCUGCUCUUCUAAAAGGACCCCAGACCUCCAUCAGCUGAGUUCAGCCUGUUACCAAAGUUCAGGUUUUGUUUCGGUGGUUCUGGUUCUGGUUCUCCCUCAGUGCCUUGCCCGACUCCACAGCAAUGCUGCCCGGGAGGGAGGCUGAUGUCCGGCGGCACUGCGUCCUGACGAGCCGCUGGCUGCCCGCGGCUGUGGCGCUGCUCCUCUUCCUCUCCUGCAGCCUGAGCCGCGCGCACAGCACCACGGUGGAGCACGACUUCCACAUCGUCCACAACGUCGACAACAGAAGUCCAGAGAUAGACCCCUUCUGGUACGUGGGGCGCGGGGUGAGGCCCAUCGGGCGCUUUGGGAAGAGGCACAGCGGCGUGGACGCGCUGGACAGCAGGGAGAUGCAGUCCGUCGUCAGGACUUUGGAGCUGCUGCUCAACAGCCUCAGAAACAAGGAGAACCUGGGAAAAGGACUGGAUGGAGAGGACAGGGACUGGAUACCAUGAGGGGUUGUCCUCGCCGCCAGUUURCAAACUUGUGUCUUCAGUUUUUUUUUUUCCAUUUUCUUCUAUCUGUACAUAAAGAAUGUUCUGUACUGAUGAAUAAAUGAGGAUGUGUGAUGAAGCUCGUUUGGUUUUGUAGGUGCACAAUUAAAAAAAAAAGAAGAAGUUUGCAAAUUUUUAUUUAUUUCAUAAUACAUUUUAGUUCUGAGAGUACUGUGGCACAUAGAUAAUCUGCAUUCUUUGUUUUUCAAAUGUAUGAAUCGCAACAAACGAUACAAAGAGAAAGGCUUCGUCAUUUCAACUGGAUUUAAACAGGAAACGUUGUUUUUUGUUCUCAUCUCAGCCUCUAAAUUUAAGGGUUUGAGUGUAAAAAUGACUUCCUGUAUGAAUCCAGCUUCACAAAUCCAAAAACAACUUUACACGACCUCUUGCAGACGACACUGAAAGAUUUGUCAACUAUGAUUGAAUAAACAUCUCCAUCUUUUUUCCACACAUAUACACAYAUUAACAGAUUCAGUGGUGGGAUAUUAUAGCGUUUUUGUACAUUAGAAAAAUACAGGACACUGAYAGUUGGACCCUUGCAGGUGUGCUUCUCACAGGAAACUUUACAUCGAUCCAAUAAAAACCAGAAACAUGCUUUGAUACAACAUCUUUGGAGAACAAGACUGACGAAAAGCACAGGAUCAGUGUGCAAACUCAAAGAUGUGAUAAGGUCACUAACAGAAGGUCACAGAGCGUUCAAACRUCACGUCUUUGAUGAAUAUCCACCCUGUUUUUAGGUUUUGCUCAAUAAAAAGCAACCAGACGCACUGAUUCUGCUGAACAGAGUGCGACUGAGGCAAGUCUCCAGAAUGUAAAAAUAAUCCAGUCAUCCUGCCACUGCUAAUAUUUAUGGUCAUCAAUGUUCUUUUUUUACAGCUAAUGAUAAAUGUUGACACUGAAAACACUCUGAGUCUGAGAAAGUUUCCAUCGUAAAGGAAAUAAAGCCUUGAAUUUGCAAUAGUUUCGGUGGUAUUGCAUAAAAGUUCUUCAGUAAGUACAAAAAUAAGUUGCUCGUAACAAAAAUCAUGUCUUUAUGGCACUGGUUAUACAGCCCGUCUGAUGUUAUGUAAAAAAAAAAUCUUUACAUCUUAACACAAAAGCUCUGGUUGGAACAAGUGAAGGUAAAAAAUUAUACAUUUUAUUUCAAUUUAAAAAAAA